CAUUCUUUGAUCUAGCUCUCGGUAUCAACAUUCAAUACAAGCUAAAAUGGAACCCUUUAGUGUAGCAGCUAGUAUAUUGGGUCUUGCUGGGGUAGGCGUUCAGGCGGCACAAACUGUUCAGACCGCAGGUCACAUGUUCGGGGACUACCGUCGUGCACAUGAUCAAAUGAGACACGCCGAGGCAAAGCUGGACCUACUUCGAUCUAUUCUCCAGAAUGAAUCGCUCAAAUUGAAUCCAGAUCUCGCUGCAGCACAGUCAUCGUUUGAGAGUAUUGGCACAAGCUUUCCCAGAAACCUGCAUAGUACCACCAAGCGCCAGCGAGUUAGGUGGGCAGUCAAAGAUAAGCAGAGAGCGAUAGAACUUUGUACCCAGUUGUCGGAUUUGCAAACUGCUUCUAGCCUAAGCUUGCUUUUAGGUCAAUCAACCUUAAUGAUUGACAUCCAAUCUAAUCUGGAAGAACUAAGAGACAGCCUUGCGUCAGUUGAAGAGGAAAUACGGGGAGAACGAAAAUUGCAUUACACUGAGACUCCAACUCCAACAAUCACUCCACAACAAGGCAGUCAAUUCUCUGAGACAAGAGUCCACCGCUGGGCGAGUAGCUACUUUGGUGCCAAUAUCAACCUCAUAGUCUCUCGAUUCGACGGCCAAUACUCCCAAAAUAUGAUACUACAGUGUCCUUUGUCAUCGAACAGAGUGCUAAGAGUCCGAGUUCAAAGCCUGCGUGCCCCGUGGCCUAGCCUACUCAUCUACCCAUGUUUCAGAAUCCAGAAUACUGUCCCGUCUGAUUCAAGUAUGGUGAAAGCUUGUCAGGAUGGUGAUACUGAGAAGAUACAAGAGCUUAUUUCCUCGGGCCGCGCAAAUCCGAAUGACAUGACUGUAGAUAGGGUGACCAUGCUGCACUUCGCUAUUCUGAGUGGCGCCUUAGACGCUGUUGAGUUAUUGCUUGACAAGGGGGCGGAUCCGAAUCUGACUUAUGGCAAAUGGGAAACUAGCCCUUUGAACACUGCAUUCUAUACUGGCAACGCUGAAAUCGUGCAAAAGCUCCUCGAUAGCGGGGCUGAACUCGAGUAUACGAAUUGUCGCAUGUGGACAUCAGCUAGAUAUAUCUUUGAGCCUCAGCGGUUACAUCUUAAUUCUACCGAGCUUCUUGAAUUCUUUACCGCUCUCGAACCUAGCUUUUGGAAUGCACUAGAUCGCGUAGGCUGGACUAUCCUUCACCGAGCUGCAGCAUUUGGAAAAGCCGAAGAUGUUCAGAUGAUACGGAGUAUGCAAGGCUCACCCAACAUCCGCACCAUUGAACUUAACUGGUUGCCUAUAUCCUGCGCAGCCGUUCAUGGAAACGAACCUACUUUCGAUACAUUGUUAGCUGAUGCUGAUCUGAAGUCUGCGAAUCGUAAGGACACGCGAGGAUGGAAUCUUCUUCAUCUUGCAGCACGAGGUGGAUCGCCGGGAAUAUUGACCAAGGUCUUGAGACUAGGAAUUGAUCCAGAAGAGAGGACAGCACGUUCAAAGUUGAACUUACCCGACGCACUUAAGGCGAAAGAACUAACGGCGAGAGACAUCGCCGACUAUUACCAGAAGAAAGAUUGCUAUGAUCAAGCAUUGAAGGACACUGGCUGGGCUGCUUAGACUUCUAACCAAAUGAAGUAAACAUCAUAUCAAUUCAGUUGCGGAGGAUCAUGAUUUGACACAAGCCACUUAUGAUAGCCGUCUGUGAUAUAGUAUCACGUUUCAAAUGCCUUUACUAAAGAGACGGAGGUUAGGAAGGCACUUUUCUGUACGCGUACUAUGUCACUGGACUUGACCCUCUUUGCAGGUUAGCGCGAAUCAUCGAUUCAUUGAGUUAUCUCUUAAUUUAUGACUACUGUAAGAAACAAGAAGUAGAUUUUGCAACAAACGAACAAUUGCCUG